AGCAGGCGAGCUCAUCCCCGGCCGAGCCGCUCCCGGGCGCAGGGCGAGCCGCGGGGCCCCCCCGGGGGCAGGAUGGCGGCGCCCUGGCGCUGGGUGAUCCCCGUGACAUCACAAUGGUGGCAGGCCCGAGCGCCGCCGGGCUGGGCACGGAGGGGAGGCGGCGGGGCUGACUCAUGGGUUCGCGGCGUCGGCGGCGGCUCCUCCCCGCCCAGCCCCUCUCCAGCCCCUGCCCAUGGGCCGCUGCCCCAGCGCUCCGCGGCUAGCGGGGGUGGAGUCGCCGGUGCCCCCUCCCCGCCUCCCGCACUGGCCCGGGCGAGGCUCUGCCCGCACUGCACGUGGGCCAUGGAGGAGAAGGUCUCGGCCGCCGCCGGGCUGCACGGCCGCCGGGGCUACCCGGCCGUGCGCUGCCUGGGUAUCGCCGUGGAUGAAAACAACGUCCGGCCAGGCGCGCUGCAGCUGAUCCGGGAGCUGAGACCGCAGUGGGAGACGGAGCGAGUGAAAACCAAGCUCUUCACCGACGGCAUCACCAACAAGCUCAUGGCCUGCUAUAUGGACGAGGGGAUGAGGGACGCGGUCCUGGUGCGGGUCUACGGCAGGAAGACGGAGCUCUUUGUGGACAGGGAAAAUGAGCUGAAGAAUUUCCAGGUGCUGCGAGCCCACGGCUGCGCCCCCAACCUCUACUGCACCUUCCAAAACGGCUUGUGUUACGAGUUCAUGCAGGGGACGGCGCUGGGACCUGAGCAUGUGCAGCAGCCACAGAUCUUCAGGUUGAUAGCCUGGGAAAUGGCCAAAAUGCACGCAAUUCACGCCAACGGGAGCCUCCCCAAGCCCAGCCUGUGGCACAAGCUACACAAGUACCUUACCAUCGUGAAAACAGAGGUCAUCACCAAGGCAUCCAUCCCCAGGUUCCGUCAGGAAGUGCCCAGUCUGGAGGUGCUAGAACAAGAGGUUGCCUGGCUGAAGGAAUAUCUCUCCCAGCUGGGCUCACCCAUCGUACUGUGCCAUAACGACCUGCUGUGCAAAAACAUUAUCUACAAUGAGACCGAAGACCACGUGCGGUUCAUAGACUACGAAUACGCCGGUUACAAUUACCAGGCUUUCGACAUUGGGAACCACUUUAAUGAAUUUGCAGGGGUGAACGAGGUGGAUUACAGCCUAUAUCCCAGCAGAGACACUCAGCUGCAAUGGCUGAGGCGCUACCUGCAAGCCUACAAGCAACUGAGCCGGGAGAACCAGGGAAACGGCGGGGGAGUCGUCUCGGACAAGGAGCUGGAGACCCUCUACGUGCAAGCGAACCAGUUUGCUUUAGCCUCUCAUUUCCUUUGGGCAUGCUGGGCCCUGAUCCAGGAUAAAUAUUCCACCAUAGACUUUAACUUCUUCAGGUAUGCAAGGCUAAGAUUUAAACAGUACUUCAAGGCAAAGUCUGUGGUGACAGCCCUGGAGAUGCCAAAAUGACGUCUCAAGGCUGCUUCAGGUCCACAAGAUUCCCAGCUAUUUUCUCCUGUACAGGUUGGCUGCUGCCAUGACCUCAGUCGGCCACCGGCUAGUGGAGGGGGCAGAUAGUCUGGAGGGAGAGGGGGAAGGGGAAGGAAGACUUUCCGGGAAGCCAAAGAUUAAACGAAGCCCCUGGAGCACAGUUAUCCCAUCUCUGGAUUUAGCCCCAUCGUUGGUUUUGCUGAUGGUGCUGUUCCGGGGGAUGAUGACAGGACUUGGCUGCUGGCAAGACAGUUGGUUCCAGGACUGGAGCAUGAGACAUUCAGGAUGGCCAUGAGCUCAGCUGGACUUAAAGAUUUCAGGACUGCCUUGCAGAUUAGUAUCGCCUUAAGAUUGGAGCUGUGUUCCUUGGGCCGGGCGACCCGGCAGGUAUGUGCUUUACCAAAACAAACCGUGCUGCUGUUUGGUGUCACAUCCUCCACAGGGGAUGGGGAAUUCUGCUUGGUCAAUCCUGUCUCAAGUGGGGAUGGGGCUGACUCCGUGCCCCUCACCCACACAACCCCCUUCUGCCCCACACUGCAAGGGGCUGGCUCUAGACUCCUCCCCCUUUAUUUCUGAAUGCACACUUAGGGCUUACACAAGGCAACCUGCACAGGGGCUGCAGUCAGAGGGUCUGGCGAACCUGCUGCUAGGCCCUGCCAUGGGCUAACCCAGGGCACAUGGGAGAAGAAGGGGGACCUUCCUUUUGUCCCAAGCCUUAAUGAUAGAGGUUACAGCAGCUGGCAGUGACCCCUCCAGCCCCACCCCUCAGCGUUGUUUGCCUAAGCAUCUCAAGGAGGAGGUGAAGAUCCCCUGACUGUGAAGAAUGGUCCUGCUGCCAAAAAUAAACUUCUCUUCCCAAAUAGGGCUGCUCACCUGGUGCCUUGUCCCACAGCUGGGUGUCCUGGAGACAUGGCCAACGUACCUCUUCCCUCCCUCUUCCCCCUGCCCCACCCGGCACUCUCCUUGGGCAGUGAGGAGAAAACGUAACUUGCUACAAAGCACAGCUGGCCCCAAGCUGCUAAGUUUAGAUGUGAACUUUCCCUGAAUUUGGGGAGAAAGGGAGCAGGUUAGGAACUGGAGUUUGCUUAGCUCAGUAGAACCAGAUCCCCGAAUCUGGCCUGGGAUCUCCCUUCAACCCUACCCAGGACGUGGUGUGUUUGGGGUGGGGUGCGCUGUGCAGUCAGCUUCCCCUGGACCCCCAAAUACUUUGCUAGGUGUGUGGUUUUGCACAAGCUUUUUUUUUUUGCCUCAGAUCUGUGGGGCCACAUUCCCUGGUCUCCUCAGUGUUUCCGCCAGCCAGGGACUGCUGUACCCACAGCCUCCCCUGGCUCCCUGAGAACAUGUAGCGAGUCUGCAGGAGAUGCAGAUGGAAAAGGUAGAACCCCUGCACUUUCCUUAGGCUACAAUAGUGCAGCCCCAACUCCCUCCCCUCACAUUCUCAGUGCCUGAGUCGUUCGUGCCCCGCACCUUCUUUAUGCUGGCCUUGCUGACGGAAAGGGACCAUAAGCCCAUGGCAUACGGGAAGAGCACAACGGGGAUCACAGCAGCAGCAGGGGUCACGCUGGCGGAACCAAAGCAAUGGCUCUGGCUGUGCAGUGGGCCCGUAGGUCCAAGUGAGGACACCUCUGCUUUGCACGGGUGGCUGGCACGGCCCCUGGCAGCGCUAGCAUCGGGAACGUGGAGCUCAGUGAGAGCCAACCCGGGUAUAUCUCCGGGAGCUGGGAAUCGCACUCCCAGUGUCGUCAUAGCCGGACACCAGCCCCCAAGCGCUGGGGAGCUAUGCAGCCAGCACUGAACUUUGAGCCUUGUGCAGCAGCCGGGAGCACCCCCGUUUUAUUCUGGCAGAGGGUUAACCAGGGCAAUAUCUGCUCCUACUGCAGACCAGAGUCUACGAUGGGUGCUAUAACAUGGCAGGGGAGGGUGUGCAUUGCAAAAUGGGCAUGUUUCUCCCAGUUGGAUGUCAAGCCAGCAUCCCACCUGCUGCUUAGUGGCUGGUUUGGCAAGGGUUAACCCUGCUCCCUUCAUCGGGCCCACCGGCUGGCUGAGCGCUCCGGCUGCAUUCCCAAGGUCAGCUCACGUUGUCAGGGCAGCCGCAGACUGCUGGCGUAGGGCCCGUUCAGCCUGUUUGUCCCCGUGCCCUGCUCUGUCCUGCGCUUCGAUACUUGUGGUUCAAAUCUAGGGUGAUUGGUGUCACUGCAAUUACCAGUGGUGUUAAACAGCUGUGCCUUCUGCCAGGAGAACGGGCGCGGAAGAACAAACCUCGCAUUCUUACCCUGCAAGAAGAGCCAGUGUGUCCGGUGUUUUCUCAAAUGGUGAUAAUAAAACGCUGCUACUGUCUGGAUCUUA